CGGACGAGGACGACGCAAUGGCCAUAGCCGCCGCCAUUUCAGUUCCUCUCACAACUCCUUCUCGCCGCUCUCUUUCUUCGUUUUCAAAUACAUUUCGAUCCUAUUCUUCUUGUUUUCCUCUUCAGACAAAAACGCACAAAUUAAUUUCUAAUUCUAUUCGGAACCCUAGUUUUAGCAUUAUCUCUGCUUCUUCAAUGAGCGUCGAAGCGCCAGAGAAAGCCUCUGCAGCUUCUUUUCUCGAUCGGAAAGAAAGUGGCUUUCUUCAUUUUGUCAAAUACCAUGGUCUCGGCAAUGACUUUAUCUUGGUGGAUAAUCGAGAUUCUAUGGAGCCCAGGAUCACACCGGAGCAAGCUGUGAAGUUAUGUGAUCGAAACUUCGGCAUUGGCGCUGAUGGAGUGAUAUUCGCGAUGCCAGGGAUCAAUGGCACCGAUUAUACAAUGAGAAUUUUUAAUUCUGAUGGUAGUGAGCCUGAGAUGUGUGGUAAUGGGGUCCGUUGCUUUGCCAGAUAUAUUGCUGAGCUUGAUAAUUUACAUGGGAAGCAAAGUUUUACCGUACAUACUGGAGCUGGUCUAAUUGUUCCUGAAAUUCAAGAGGACGGAAAGGUUAGAGUUGAUAUGGGUGAACCCAUACUGAAGGCAUCAGAUGUUCCCACAAAAUUACCUGCAAAUAAAGCUGAUUCUGUUGUAAAAUCAAAACUAGAUGUAGAUGGAGUAACAUGGAAUGUAACUUGCGUUAGCAUUGGAAACCCCCACUGCAUUACUUUUGGCGUCGAGGAAAACCAGAAUUUGCAGAUCGAUGAAUUGAAAUUAGCAGAAAUUGGCCCGAAAUUUGAAAAUCAUGCAAUGUUCCCUGCCCGAACUAACACAGAAUUUGUUCAAGUUUUCUCUCCUUCACAACUAAAAAUGCGUGUUUGGGAGCGUGGGGCUGGAGCAACGCUAGCCUGCGGGACUGGAGCCUGUGCAGUACUUGUUGCAGCAGUUCUUGAGGGUCGUGCUGGGCGGAUUUGUACUGUUGAUUUGCCUGGAGGGCCUUUGGAGAUCGAAUGGAGGGAGGAAGACAACCAUGUAUACAUGACUGGCCCAGCUGAGGUUGUGUUUUACGGAUCAGUUUCCCUCUAA